UAGCGCGCUGGUCCUCCGGUAGGCAUGCGCGCGCUACGGGCCGGUUUGACCCUGGCGCUGGGCGCCGGCCUGGGCGCCGCGGCAGAGCAUUGGCGGCGGCGAGAGGGUAAAGGGCCGGGGCUGCUGGGCCGAGUGCCAGUGUUGCCGGUUGUCGCGGCCGAUCUUCCCGCGCUGCCGGGGGGACCGGCUGGCAGCACCGGAGAGUUGGCCAAGUACGGGCUGCCCGGCGUGGCGCAGCUCCGGAGCCGCGAGUCCUACGUGCUGAGCUACGACCCGCGCACGCGCGGUGCGCUCUGGGUGUUGGAGCAGCUGAGGCCAGAGCGGCUCCGUGGCGAUGGGGACCGUCGCGCCUGCGACUUCCACGAGGACGAUUCUGUGCACGCGUACCACCGCGCCACCAAUGCGGACUACCGCGGCAGUGGCUUUGACCGCGGCCACUUGGCGGCCGCCGCCAAUCACCGCUGGAGUCAGCGGGCCAUGGACGACACCUUCUACCUGAGCAACGUAGCGCCUCAGGUGCCACACCUCAACCAGCAUGCCUGGAACAACCUUGAGAAGUACAGCCGCAGCUUGACUCGAACUUACCAAAACGUUUAUGUCUGCACAGGGCCUCUUUUCCUGCCCAGGACCGAGGCUGAUGGGAAGUCCUAUGUGAAGUACCAGGUUAUUGGGAAGAACCACGUGGCAGUGCCCACACACUUCUUCAAGGUGUUGAUCCUGGAGGCAGCCAGUGGGCAAAUCGAGCUGCGUUCCUAUGUGAUGCCCAAUGCCCCGGUGGAUGAGACUCUCCCUUUGGAGCGCUUCCUAGUGCCCAUCGAGAGCAUCGAGCGGGCCUCGGGAUUGCUCUUCGUGCCCAAUAUUCUGGCUCGAGCUGGAAACCUCAAGGCCAUCACUGCUGGUAGCAAGUGAUGGAGUAGGACUCACUCAAG